AUGAUGGAUUUUACUGAAGUCAUUCGAUUUUAUACCUUGUUUCCUAUAAUACAAUUUAAUGAGUUCAAUAAAAAUUUUAAUGAAUAUCGUUUAUUUUCGAAAUGUAAUAAUAAUAAUAAUAAUAAUAAUAAUAAUAAUAAUAAUAAUAAUAAUAAUAAUAAUAAUAAUAAUAAUAAUAAUAAUAAUCGUCUUCAUAAAUGA